CUGCGGCGGCGGCGGCAGCAGCGGCGAUGUACAAUGGCGGCGGCGGUGGAGGCGGCGGCGGAGGAAUGGAGACGCCCUGCACCGGCAGCGGCGACGAGGGCAUGGACGACGCCCCCGCCCCGCACUCCCGCAGCGGCUCCGCACCGCCCCUGGCAUCACCCUCGCAGUCCCCGCCUGGUCACCAGCACGCAGCGGCGGCGGAGGCCGGGAGAGGUGCCGACGGCGGCGGCGGAGGCGGUGCUGCUGCCGAGGGCGGCUACGGGUGCGGACUUGACGGCAAUGUGGACGUGUUGGCGUGCCGCGCGGAGCUGCUGUUCUACCGCGGCGACUACGAGGGCGCCUACGCGCUCACCCGCUCCGUGCUGCUGGGCGGCCGCGACCCGUACGCGCUGCAGCUGCUGCCGGUGCACCUGGCGGCGGGCACCCAGCUGGCGGCGCACGGCAGCGAGCCGCGCACCGACCUGUUCCUGCUGGGCCACCGACUGACGGAGGAGCACCCGGAGCUGGCGGUGUCCUGGUACGCGGUGGGCUGCUACUACCUGGCAGCCCGCCAGCCCGCAGCGGCGCGGCGCUACCUGGGCAAGGCCACGCAGCUGCAGCGCGGCUUCGCACCCGCCUGGAUCGCGUACGGACAUGCCUUCUCGGCGCAGGAUGAGCGGGACCAGGCCAUGUCCGCCUACCGCACCGCCGCCCGGCUGUUCCCCGGGCUGCACACGCCGCACCUGGGGCUGGGCGCCGAGUACUGCGCCACCGCCAACCUGCCGCUGGCGGAGAGGGCGCUGCUGGCGGCGUACGACAUCUGCCCCGACGACCCGGCCGUGUGCCACGAGCUGGGCGUGCUGAUGUACAAGUGCGGCCAGACGGCUGCUGCCGCCAUGUGGCUGGACAAGGCGCUGCAGCUGCUGCCGGGGGGGCGGCCCACAGUGC